ACCAACAAUCACUCUCUGGUUUGGAGAAGACACCGAAGGCUCUGAACACAGGAAAAAACAAAGACAAUAUACCACUCUUGUCCUGCUACAGUUACAUAAUCUCACAUAAGAAGGGUGGACAUAAGAACUCAUUACUCUAAUUGGACAUUAGAGAUGGAUUGAUCAACGCAUGAGAUGUCAUAUCAGGACAAGAUACUUGUUUCCUAGGGGAAAAACUCAGGCAGAGAGUUUUGUCCUUACAGAACAGUUACAAUACAAUACAGGCAAUUGUCUUACCAGCAGAUCACAUUCAUUUUUGUCAGUUACUAAAAUACGUGUUUUGACAUAUUGAUACUUUCUUCUCCAAAGAAGGAACAUUAUAUCAUAUUUCUUUUGAGCAGAGAGACGUUAGUUGAGUAGAGAGAUGUUAGUUGAGCAGAGAGAUUAAAAAAAAAGCAAACACAAAGUUUAGUUUAAAAAAAUCUGAUUCAAAACUUUCUAUCAGUUACUUUCCAGGUUUGGUUCAUUUCGUUUUAAUCCACGACUCUAUUAAUCUCACACUAAUCCUUCCUCUUCGGUUCUGUUGGUCUCAUCCGGUUCUGUUUCCUGCAGCUGUCAGUGAAGGAGCAGCAGGACCAGAGCUGCAGAGCGCUGUCCCACCUGAUCCGAGACCCGCUCUUUCUCGUCUCCUUCAUCCACACCCUGGAGGAGCAGAAGAACUUCAUCAUCAAGGACAAGUGUGUGGUGGCGUCUCUGUUGACCCUGGCCCUGCACGAUGACCUGCCCUACCUGACGCAGGUGAUGGAGCAGCUGCUGGUGUCUCUGAUGGAGCAGCCCAGUAACGCUCAGCCCAAACUGCUGCUGCGCCGCACAGAGUCCAUAGUGGAGAAGCUGCUCACCAACUGGAUGUCCGUCUGCCUCUACGGCUUCCUCCGGGAGUGUGUGGGGCAGCCCCUGUACCUGCUGGUGUGUGCGCUGACGGAGCAGAUCAGUAAGGGUCCGGUGGACUCGGUCACAGGGAAGGCCCUCUACACCCUCAGUGAAGACUGGCUCCUGUCGCAGGCCCAAUACUUUAGCCCUCUGAAGCUGAGCGUGCUGUUUGCGAUGGGAACGGAGGGCGAGGUGAGCGAGCCGCUGGACGUCUGCGUUCUGGACUGUGACACGGUGGAGCAGGUGAAGGAGAAGAUCCUGCUCACCUUCCACCGCAAGUUCGGCUUCCGCUACACCCAGCAGCUCCAUGACAUAGACAUCGAGUUUGAGCAGUCAGGAUGCUAUGUUGUCCUACAGGAAGUGGACAGCAGCUCGGAGAUGAUGGGGGAAGUCACCAUGCUCAACACCCUCAAACAUUAUAGGAUUCCUGAUGGGUCGACCAUCAAGGUCAUCACGAGAAAAGUUCAAGGCCCCCAAAGCUCUACGCUCAGUUUCAAAGAGGAACCUGAUUUUCAAACCAAGUACUUUCACCUGAUUGACCCUGAAUUAGCGGAGAACACAAAUUCAGUGAGAAAAAAGCUCAAGGUUAAAGAGGUUUAUCGGACCAAGCUGCUUUCUACCAAGGUGGCUGUGCAUUCAUAUGUAGAGAAUCUCUUCAAAACCAUCUGGGGCACAUCCAAUAACAGGCCGCCGCACGCAGUCAAGUACAUCUUUGACAUCCUGGACUCUCAAGCAGAACUCAAGAAUAUCAGCGACCCUGACGUGCUGCACAUUUGGAAAACCAACAGCCUGCCUCUGUGCUUCUGGGUGAACAUUCUGAAGAACCCCCAGUUUGUGUUUGACCUGGAGAAGACGCCUCUCCUGGAUGGCUGCCUGUCCGUCAUCGCUCAGGCCUUCAUGGACUCCUUCUCCCUCACGGAGCAGCAGCUGGGGAUGCACGCCCCCACAAAUAAACAGCUUUAUGCCAAAGACAUCCCUCAGUACAAGCAGGAAGUGAAGGCCUACUACAAGAAGGUGCAGGAACAGCCAGCGCUUAGCAGCCGCGAGUUUAAAGACUUCCUGCAGGAGGAGUCAAAGAAACAUGAAAAUGAGUUCAAUGAGUCGCUGGCCCUCUGUGAAAUCUACAAAUUCAUUCAUCAUUACUUUAACCAGAUCGAGCAGAAACUUGAGCAGAGCACUGCCCCCUCCAGGCUGAAAGAGGAACUGCAGCAAGUGAGGGAGCUGUUUGACAUCAAGAACAAAAGCUCCUGGGAGUGAAGACAUGUGUCCUAAAGAGGUGUGUCCAGAGUUUUCGAAUCCAGAGAGAUUUAAAAAACUGAGACUUUUUGAAAUGCUGGUGACCUUUGGAACUGUGAUGUUACAAUUUGUAGCCCUAUUUUAUUAUUUUUGUGUCUAAUUUGUAAGUGUUGACCAUAAGCAUGUAAGUUGUAAUGAAAUAUUUUUCACCGAAGUGUCAUUUAUUGGAAAGAUUUGAGAUUUACAAAACCUACAGCACUUUCAGAUCACUAUGAAAUUAGUUUUAUUUUAGGAAAGAUUUCUUUUUAUAACUUUACCAGAACAUCACAAGUAUUCGUAAUAGUAGUAGUAGUGAGUAAUAGUAAUAAUAAUAGUAACUGCACAAAUUCUUAACUGAUUUGCAUGCAUGUUUAUCAGUUUGCAUCAUUUAUCAAACAUCGUCAUGACAAUGCUGUUCUGUUUUUCUCUAGCAGAGAGAGCACCAAAAAUGUAUAUUUAUUUUAGGAUUAGGAUUUAUUCAUGUACUUAACAGAAUACUUUCCACAUAAUUUCAUUCUUACUGUCUACACCUCUCUGUAAUGUAUAUUUACUUCUAUAACUUCCUCACCAAUGUAGUUAUCUGCAUUGACCGAGUGAGGUAUAUUUUAUAUAUGUUUUUCAUAUACUUAAUACAUUUUCAUCAUUAUAUACUGUAGCUGUACAUGUUGUUUCCAUACUCUCUGUCUUUUACCCAAGUGUAUGUCAGUUUGAUUUGUGAUUCUGUGUUGGUGUGAAUCAACAUUCACACACUGUUACAUCACUAUGGAAUACCAUGUUUGUUCCCACAACCCUGCUUCAAAAUAAAAGUCCCCUUUUGCAAUCAUAUUUUCCAGACAAAUAUUGUGUCUGUUAAACUGUAGUGUAACCAACACUUCUGUUAUCUGUGUAUUAAACAAUG